AUGUCUGGACGAGGGAAAGGUAAAGCUAAGGGUACUAAAUCGAAAUCACGUUCUUCCCGAGCGGGUUUACAGUUUCCAGUCGGCAGAAUUCAUCGUUUGUUGAGGAAGGGAAAUUACGCUGAACGUGUUGGCGCAGGUGCCCCAGUUUACAUGGCCGCUGUUUUGGAAUACCUUUCAGCUGAAAUACUGGAACUCGCCGGAAAUGCAGCUAGAGAUAACAAGAAGUCUAGAAUAAUCCCACGCCAUCUUCAGCUUGCUGUACGCAACGACGAAGAACUGAACAAGUUGCUCGCCGGUGUCACCAUCGCCCAGGGAGGUGUGUUACCGAACAUUCAAGCGGUGCUGUUGCCAAAGAAGACCGAAAAAGGAGGAAAAGCCACUCACUAG